AAUGAUCGUGACAAUCUGAAUUCCAUCUUAAGAACGAAUCAUCUUGAUAAUAAUCAUCAUCAUGUCAUCAACAUUAAUAAAUCGUCAAAGUGGUGAUCGACCACCACAUUCAUCAUCAACGUCAUCAUCAUCAUCAUCAUCAAUGAAUACACAAACACUGUCACAACAGCAACAACAACAACAACAACAAUCACAUGCAAAUGUUGUACGAAAACCAAGUGUCGAUAAUGUUGAUUCGGAUGGUGAAGAUAAAUUGAUUGAUGAAUCAAAUAUUGAAGAUUUAGUAAAAGAAUUACCACAAUCAUCGGAUAAAACUGUACAAUUUUUGGACAAUAUGUUGGCCGUAUUACCAAAUAGAUGGAGAAAUUAUAUUGUUCGUUCUAUAUUCACAUUAUUAAUGGUGAUUGGUUUCGGUUUGGUCAUCUAUUGGGGACCAUUAGCAUUGAUGAUAUUGACACUUUGUAUUCAAGUGAAAUGCUUUCAAGAAAUUAUUGCCAUCGGUUAUUCAGUGUACCGUGUUCAUGGUUUACCAUGGUUUCGUUCAUUGUCAUGGUAUAUGUUGAUAACAUCAAAUUAUUUUUUCUAUGCUGAAAGUUUAGUUGAAUAUUUUGCUUUGGUAUUGAAAAAACCAAAUAUCAUGCAACCUUUGAUAUCAUAUCAUCGUUUCAUCUCAUUCACAUUAUAUGUUAUUGGUUUUGUAUGGUUCGUACUUAGCUUAGUCAAACGAUACUAUCUACGACAAUUCUCAUUGUUUGCUUGGACACAUGUCACAUUGUUGAUUGUUGUUACGCAAUCAUAUCUGAUUAUACAAAACAUGUUUGAAGGUUUAAUCUGGUUCAUUGUACCAGUAUCUAUGAUUGUGAUCAAUGAUUCAAUGGCAUAUUUGUUUGGAUUCUUUUUUGGCAAAACACCAUUGAUUAAAUUGUCGCCGAAAAAAACAUGGGAAGGUUUUAUCGGUGGUGUUAUAUCGACUGUCAUAUUGGGCAUGAUUGUAUCACAUUUACUUUGUGGCUAUCAAUUUUUUGUUUGUCCAAUCGAAUCAUAUGAUCCAAUCGAACGUGUAUUUAAAUGUACACCAUCUAAACUAUUUCAAUUGACUGAAUAUUGUUUACCAGAAACGUUGCAAUUUAUUUUCAAAAUUUUUGGUCUACCACAAACCAUAUCGAUAUAUCCAUUCGUAUUACAUUCAUUGGCAUUAUCAUUAUUUAGUUCAAUUAUUGGACCAUUUGGCGGGUUUUUUGCCAGCGGUUUUAAACGGGCAUUUAAAAUCAAAGAUUUUGGCGAUGUAAUACCAGGCCAUGGUGGUCUAGUGGAUCGUUUUGAUUGCCAAUAUCUAAUGGCAUCGUUUGUCAAUGUUUACAUUUAUAGUUUUGUACGGGCACCGAAUCCAACGAAAAUAUUGCAUCUAAUUUAUCAAUUAAAACCAGAAGACCAAAUGAAUAUCUAUCAUAUGUUGCAAGAACAUUUGAAUCUGACAAUAAAUUGAAAAUCCAUAUAUCAUUCACACAUGUUCCAUACACAUUUGUAUAAAAAGCAGAAAAAAAAUUUAAUUUUGUUGGCUUUAAAAAAAAAAUUUCACAAGACAAAAAAAAUGUUAUUAAUACUUCAUUUGUUGUUGUUAUCCACAAUCCACAACAUUCAUUGAUUUGUUAUCAUCACCAUCAUCAUUGAUAAUUAUCGAUUUUUUUUGUUGUUGUUGUUUUUGUUCUAGUCGGCAAUAAGUUGCCCAUUAGUAAAUUAGUAUUUAUAAUGAUUGAUGAUAAUAUAUAAAAAUGAAAUGAAAAAAAAAUGAUGAUAAUAAUAAUUUCCUUUAUCAUUC